UUCCUAUUCCUUGCAGGACUAGGAUCGGAUCUGAUACUUUCCGCCUUAGACGUUGCCAAAUCUAAGAACAUACCGAUGUUUUUGGGCACCGUCACUGAUUAUAAAAUUUUGAAUUUGCUGCGAAAGUUAGGUUUUCAGGCUCGGUUGAUUUUUAGAUUUUAUACGAAAUUGACUAUUCCGACUUCCAAGACGAUGAAGGCAAGUAUUUAAUAAAAUAUUUAGAGGACACCAACUACACAAUGUCCAUUAUGUUCGCUGUGGUGCCCCCGUUCCCAAAGAAACCUCUCCCGAAAAAAGAAGAACCGCCGGCCAAAGGCAAAGGAAAAGGCAAAGGAAAAGACAAAGGAAAAAAGAAGAAGUAGUUGAAUUAAAGUUGAUAUAUUUUUCACUUUAUUAUCUUAAAUAAACAUGUAGGUACUCAUAAUGUACACGUUGGCGAAUUUGUGUAAUAACUGGCUAGACUAAUGCGCUUUCUGUACAUCGUUUUUUCGCCUCUUUAAGGUUGGACAACCUAUCUAACGGAGUAAGCUAACAGCUAAUCUUCAUAAAUUAAGCGCACAGAAAUGUAUAACGCGUGUCGGUCCAUUUCUACUGAACAUACUGUAAAUACGUACAAUUUCUACCUAUCAUAAAGAAAGAUGGCCAUGUAUUUUAUUUUUCCGUACGUACUUUUCUAAACGUUGCAGUGUCAAAGUCGGUGUUUGAGAUUUUUUAAAUUUAUAAUUAAAUUACCGUAAGUAUACAAGAUAGUUAGAGAUGAGUAGAAGAUUAAGAAAGGAACUCGAAGCAGCAAAGGAAAUCAAACAAGAUCAGGAGGAGGAAGAACAUAUAUAUCAAGUGAGAAAGGAACGAAUCUUUGCUCCGGUGGUUUGGCAAAUUCUUACAAACGGAAUAAAGAUACAAGAUUUAAAAGAAGAUAAAUUUCAAUUGGCUCUAGCAAUGCUAGAGGAGCACUACUUACCCUCUGAAGAUUUGGGUAGAAACGUUGACCUAAUGCUCGACGAAACGUCUGUACAGUACAGCGUGAAGAGGCUCCAAUAUUAUAUAAAAGAGGGGUCGUCAUUAAUUGCAGUUACUGAGGAUGGAGAAGUCGUUGGACUUUUAAUACUGAGGACUGCAAAGAAAAACGAAUUUGCCAGAGUUUUUAGUAGAGCACAAAUAACCGAAGGCGAAUCUCUCAAGAAAUGUCUCCAAGUCAAAAAUUAUAUUAACCGAAAAGUAGAUGUUUACGAACACUUUAACGUCGAUGCCUUUUUGAGAUUUUAUGCUGUUUGUAUUGCACCGACGUACAGGAAAAAAGCAUUAGGUUUUACAAUGAUGAAAUGUGGCGUCGAUGUUGCAAGGUCGUUGAAAAUGCCGGUAAUUUUAGGAAUAUUUACAAACUUCAAACUUCAAAAAUUAGCCAAGAGACUAGGAAUGGAAGUCAUUAAAGAAGUGAACUAUGUCGAUUGGAGGGACGAGCAACAUGAACUUAUCUUUAGUGACCCGGGCCCAGGAAAUUACACGAUCGCAUUGAUGGCUUGCUACACACCCCCCGCUCCCAUAAAACCACGCAAAAUUCCCGAAAGGAUUAUUGAAAUGGAGUUGGAAGAAGCAAAAAAGAAGAAAACUAGAAUGGAUAAACGUGCAGAACUUGUUAAAGCGGGACUAUACACUAGAAAUAACCUUCUCAAAUAACACCACACCUUCAU